UUAACCGGGUAAAGUAGUUAUUCUCGUGUCUGCAAGCCUUUGGAAUUAGUUUUCGAUCAGUAUGGCAUGCCAAAACAAUCAUAAGCUGAAUCUCUAAUAAAAAGGAAGAAGCAUAAGGUGAAGGAAAAAAAAAGGGAGCUCGCUGGGCAGAAAUCCGUUUCACAGACAUUCUAGAUUGUAGCACAUGAGCAAGCUGAACCGAAAUUCCUCUCACAUAAUUUAGCUUCCAUUUCCCUUUUUCCUUCUUCCAGGAAGCAAGCUGGUUCAUUUGCUGUAGGACAAAGAAGAAUCAUAUAUCUCAUAUUGAGGUGGAAAUCAGACUUUCCACAAUGGCGAUUGAGCCUCUCCGUGACAAUCUGGACACCGUCACACCAACCGACCAACCAAACGAUGGUGAUUCCUCUUCCCAGCAGCAACUCACCAUGUACAACUAUGACCUGAGUGGUCCACCCUCUACAGUUCUUUCCCCAGCCAACCAAGCAAGCACAGAUCUGCUCGGUGGAGUCACUGGCCCUGGGUUGUGCAGUGUCAACAGCAGCCUUGGACAAAACCAAUUUCAGAUCGGCGCAGGGUGUAGCCCUGAGCACCGCCAGAUCAGAUCAAACGAUGCUCUUCACUACAUAAGCCAGAUGCUAAUGGAAGACGUCGACGAGAGGGUCGACAUAUGCCAAGGGGAGGCAGCUAUCCAGGCUACUGAGCAGCCAUUCCGUGACAUUCUUGGACAGGUAUACACACCGGCUUUGUAUAGCAACAACAAACAAGACAGCCCUGAUAAGAGUGGGACCAGCUGUUACAAGAGGCUCUGGAGCACUAGCUUCAGUAAUGACUGUUCCAGUUACAGCUUGGUACAGCCCUUGACAACCCCGUUGAGUCCAGAUAUUUGCAAUAGGAGUCUUUCUCAACCAAACCAGCCAUUGAUAAGUGUUGGAUGGACUUCUGGAUCUGGCUUCCCUAACUUGCAUCGUCAGAGAAGUGUCGACGAGGAAAAUAUAUUUGCUCCAAGUAUUGAUAACGUGGUGAUAUGUUUCAAGAAUGACAUACUACAUAUUUCCCAACUGACUACGAAGGCAAAAGUAGGAGAGAGGGGUGAAAACACAAUCUUUGAGGUGGCAGACCAAAGGGGCUGGGGUAUCUUUCAAGGAAGGAGCAAUAAACAUCAUGCCAUCACCACUUGUGCAAUAAUUCGAAAUGAAAAUUUCGACCGAGUUCUGCUAUGCUAUGGUCGUUCCGACCAAAUAAGAAGACUGCGGGAAAGGAUGGCAGAGACAGGAAGCAAUAACACACUGAAAGGCUGGAGCAAAGGGCGUCAGAAGCUAUGGGCUAGGAAGCAACAGAGGCAAGAGUUCGUUGAUAUCAGGGCUCUCCUCUUCCAGUGCGCACAAGCUGUGGCAGAAGACAACCACCUGUUCGCCAAUGAACUUCUAAAGAAGAUAAGAGAACACUCCUCAGCAGAUGGUGAUUGUACUCAGAGACUAGCAUUUUACUUGGCAGAUGGCCUCGCGGCACGCUUGGCUGGGACUGGGGGUCAGGUUUAUCGCAACCUCAUGGAGAGGCGAACAAGUAGAACAGAUUGGUUAGUUGCGUACAGUCUUUUUCAUGCAUCCUGCCCUUUCGACAGGACGUCACACUACUUUGCCAGCCAAGCAAUUCUUGGUGUUUCACAAGGGCAACCAAGGGUGCACAUCGUUGAUUUCGGUAUCGGCUUCGGCCUUCAGUGGCCAUUAAUGAUUCAGAGGUUUUCACAGCAAGAAGAGGGAGCCCCUAAGCUUCGGAUCACAGGUAUAGACAUUCCCCAGCCAGGUUUACACCCCUGCGAAAUGAUUGAGGAGACAGGGAAGCGGUUGGCUGAUUAUGCAAACAUGUUCAAGGUACCUUUUCAGUAUCAGGGCAUUGCAGCUUCAAGAUGGGAGACCAUCAAAAUUGAGGAUCUUAACAUUGACGAGGAUGAAGUUCUCAUAAUCAACUGCAUAUUCCGGAUGAAGAAUCUUGGUCAUGAAACCGCAGGAAUAAAUAGCGCAAGGGAUGAGGUAAUGAAAACUAUGAGGAGGAUGAACCCAAAGAUUUUUAUUUCUGGCACAAUGAAUGGGUUACACAGUUCUCCCUUCUUCAUACAACGAUUCAAAGAGGUUAUGCUCCAUUACUCUCCAAUGUUUGAUAUGCUUGAUGCAAAUGUUCCACGGGAUAAUAAGGCAAGAAAGAUGAUUGAGAGGAUCCGAUUUGGGACAGAUGCACUUAAUAUCAUAGCAUGUGAGGGCGCAGACAGAACUGAGAGGCCAGAAAGUUACAGGCAGUGGCAAGCAAGAUUUCUCAAGGCUGGGUUCCAGCAGCUUCCUGUGGAUCCAGCCUUCUUGAAAAGAGUACACAUGAACAACUCACAUUAUCACAAGGAAUUCUUUGCUGUUGAAGAUCGCGGUUGGCUGCUACAAGGAUGGAAAGGGAGAGUACUUUAUGCUAUAUCUAAAUGGAAGCCUAAUGAAACAUACGAUGAUCAGUAAGAUUCAAACAGUUUUUCAAGUGCACCAACUGCUUUUUACUGUAAGAUGUUCUUUUGUCAAGUGAGCAUCAGGAACUAUCUUGGAAGCAGAUGUGAUGGGGAUUUGAAAGUUCAUAACUUUUGAUUGGUCCAACUGUACAACUUGACGACCGUGUCCGUGUGUUGGAAACAAGCAAAAAGGUGACUGUAAAAUAAUUUGCGUCUGUCCUUUUUAAUUUCUGAAUAAACUGUAUUGGGUCCACAAGACAUGAGAUUAGUGGAAAUACUACCAUACCUAGACACUGGAUUUGCUGUAAAUUACAGUAGAAUAUUGCACUGCCCAUCUCUCAAAACUGGCGAUAUGGAAGAUCAGAGGAUUCUCAUUUCUGAUUUGAAGCAAUUGUACGUACUUACUAAUAUAAACAAGGUUCAUUCGCAAAAAAAAAUACUCCCUCCGUCCCAAAUGUAGGUACAAAGUUAGUACUAAUAUAAACAAGGUUACUAUCAACGAAUCCGAUAGAAUGCACUGAUGUUCACAUAUUACUCUCUCCAUAUCACAAACAAGUGGAGUUUUGGACAUGUCUUGGGUCAAACUUCUAAAAUUUUAACUGUGAGCGUCAUUUUAACCAUCCAGAUUGGAACUUUGGAAACCAUAUGUACAGAUUUUUCUCAAAAAAGACGUGCGACAAAUCACUAGGGCAACAUAGAUACGGGGAAUCGGAGAG